AUGAGGAACCAAGACGAUAUCACGGAUACUGCCGCCGGUAAUGAGGCAGACCGCACCAGCACAAACAAGGAAAAGCUCGAGUGGCCGGACUAUCCUGCCUCUGAAGCUUCAUUUUCCCAUGGCAAGAUCACGAAGGGGGUGGAUGAUGUCGAACAGCGGAUCAUCGAGGCCGGUGAAAUAAAAUACCACCGGGUGGGAUGGGUACAGCUCACGGUCCUAUUAGUUGUUGAAGCGAUUGCACUGGGUGCCCUGUCACUCCCCUCAGCGUUUGCUACCCUUGGGAUGGCCGCCGGUGUGAUAUGCACGGUUGGAAUUGGCUUGCUUGCGGUAUACACGGCAGACAUUAUUGGACAAGUGAAACUAGCCCAUCCAUCCAUACGGCAUUAUGGGGAUGCUGGGACUUUGAUAGGAGGACGUUUUGGGUAUGAAGUACUCACAGCCAUGCUCAUUCUGUCGGUCGUUUUUGUAACAGGGUCACACUGCUUAACUGGCACCAUUGCCUUCCGUCACAUCACCGGAAGCGAUAUUUGCUCUCUUCUGUUUGGUGGCGUCUCUGCCAUCAUCCUGCUAUUGCUGUCAAUUCCCUCGUCCUUUGCCGAUAUGGCCUGGCUUGGAUAUGUUGACUUCGCCUCUAUCGUUGCAGCAAUUGGCAUUACUAUCAUCGCAACAGGAAUCCAAUCUUCGGAUGCACCCGGCGGACUAUCAGCAGUGAACUGGUCCGCGGUAUCUCAAGGAAAUCCAACCUUUGCCGAAGGGUUCAUAGCCAUCAGCAACAUAGUAUUUGCCUACUCCUUCGCCACCACCCAGUUUUCUUUCAUGGACGAAAUGCAUACCCCGAAGGACUACAAGAAGUCAAUCUGGGCGCUCGGCUUCCUGCAGAUAGCGAUCUACACCAUCACAGGCGCCACCAUCUAUGCCUUCGUCGGACCGGACGUCGAGUCCCCUGCCCUUCUAUCAGCCGGUCCGCUGGUUAGCAAGAUUGCAUUCGGCGUAGCACUACCCGUCAUCUUUAUCUCGGGCGCCAUCAACACCAUCGUCGCGGGUCGCUUAAUCCAUCAACGGAUAUAUACCAACAGCGUCACCAAAUAUAUCAAUACGACCAUGGGGUGGAUCACAUGGCUAACCGUUAUCACCGCCAUCACAGUAAUAGCUUGGGUCAUCGCCGAAGCCAUCCCUUUCUUCUCAGACUUGCUAUCCAUCGCCUCAGCGAUUUUCACCUCUGGGUUCUCUUUCUACCUGCCUCCAGUCAUGUGGUACAUGCUUCUUCGCAAGGGAAAAUGGUACUCCAGGGAGAACCUACUUCGCAGUAUCGUCAACGGAUUAAUUUUCCUCUUCGGUCUGACUGUCUUGGUCGGUGGUUUAUAUUCCAGCAUCGCGGAUAUAAGGAGUAACUACAAAGCUGGCAAGGUUCAUGGUCCAUUUACUUGUGGUCCUGUAUAG